AUGGAAUGUAAAAGCCUGACUGCCCUUAUUGUUGUUGUUUUGGCAGUAGGAUAUACGGUAUUCGUCAAUAAGAACAAACCAAGUCUUGGCGAAUCUAUUGUAUUGGAUAAAAUUAGAGACGAAUAUGAUUACGUCAUAGUCGGAGCUGGAUCUGCUGGUUCCAUUCUCGCGUCAAGAUUAUCGGAGGGUGCAAACUAUAGUGUUCUUCUUCUAGAAGCUGGGGAACACUUUGAUUAUGACCAGAAUAUGCAUAUACCAGUGUUAACUUCUCAAUUUGUAAAUUCAAAUUUAGCAUGGCACUAUCAAAGCGAAACAGAAAAAGAAAUGUUUCUUGGACUGAAAAACCAAACAUCAUUAUUGAAUAGAGGGAGAGUUCUCGGAGGGUCAAGUUCGAUAAAUGCUUGUAUAUACGCGAGAGGCAGUCCGUUUGACUUUGAGGAAUGGGAAAUGAAAUAUAGAUGUAACGGUUGGGGUUAUAAUGACCUACUUCCUUAUUUCAAGAAGGCCGAGGAUAUUCAAAUCCCCAGUCUGAAAACAUCAGAUUAUCAUGGCACAGGUGGACCAAUUGCUGUAUCGGCAUCACCUUUUUCGCAAUUGUCUAAAUAUUUUAUAGAUGCAGGAAAGGAAAUGGGAUACAUGGAGACAGAUUAUAAUGGUAAAAGUCAAACAGGAUUUAGUCGUGUACAGAAUACUGUCCGAAAUGGAGUGCGUAGUAGUACAGGGCUUGAAUACCUUGGUAAACCAGGUAAAAGACAAAAUUUUGACAUUGCUACUAACAGUUUUGUUACAAAAAUACAGAUAAAAGAAAAGGUCGCGACAGGUGUUUACUUCAUCAAGCAGGGAAGAAAACAAUUUGUAAAGGCUAAAAGGGACGUUAUAGUAUCAGCAGGUGCAUUCAAUUCACCACAGUUAUUAAUGUUGUCAGGCAUAGGACCUAAAAGUCACCUUCAAGAUUUAGACAUACCUUUGGUACAAGACUUACCUGUUGGAGACAAAUUCGAUGACCAUAUUAAUAUUAUCAUUCCAAUCAAUCAAUCCAUCUCGACAAAGAUAAAGCACAGGGAAUAUGGUCUCUGGUUGAGUACACAUUGCUUGGGACUGGCCCUUUAUCUUCGUUGGCUGACUCUGUAG